AUGGUGGGCCAGACUACCUGGGAUGUGCCCCCGACCAUGGGCGUCAAGAUCGUCUCAGCUGGAGUGUCGGCCUGUUUGGCGGAUGUGAUCACCUUCCCACUGGACACGGCCAAGGUUCGGCUACAGAUCCAAGGUGAAUGCCAGACCUCCAGUGCCAUUAGGUAUAAAGUUGUCUUGGGAACAAUCACCACUCUGGCAAAAACAGAAGGGCCAAUGAAACGCUAUAGUGGGCUGCCUGCUGGCUUUCAGAGACAAAUAAGCUUUGCCUCUCUUAGGAUUGGCCUCUAUGAUACUGUCCAGGAGUAUUUCACUGCAGGGAAAGAAACACCGGCUAGUUUAGGAAGCAAGAUCUCUGCUGGCUUAACGACUGGAGGAGUGGCGGUAUUCAUUGGGCAACCCACAGAGGUCGUGCAGGUCAGACAUCAAGUGCAGAGCCAUCUAUGUGGUCUCAAACUGCGCUACACUGGGACUUACAAUGCUUACAGAAUCAUAGCAACAACAGAACGCUUGACAGGUCUUUGAAAAGGGAUUACUCCCAAUCUGACAAGAAAUGUCAUCAUCAUUUGUACAGAGCUAGUAACACAUGACCUAAUGAAGGAGACCUUUGUGAAAAACAAUCUACUGGCAGAUGAUGUGCCUUGCCACUUAGUGUCUGCUCUCAUUGCUGGAUUUUGCACAACAGUUCUGUUCUCUCCAGUGGAUGUGGUGAAAACCAGAUUUGUUAAUUCUCCACCAGGAUACUACACAAGCAUACCCAAAUGUGCAAUGACCGUGUUCACCAAGGAAGGACUGCCGGCUUUUUUCAAAGGGUUUGUGCCUUCCUUCUUGCGACUCGGUUCCUGGAAUGUCAUUAUGUUGUGCUUUGAAUAGCUGAAACGAGAAUUGAUGAAGUCGAGGGAGACUAUGGACUGUGCCACAUAAUCAGUUUCAGGAAAAAAAUGUAACAAUUCCAGUGGGAAUCUUUGCCGACUGGAUAAUCAAAACAAAACAAAAAACUAUUCACUUUAUUUUACCCUAAAAAGAUAAAAAGAAUUCUGGUAGAUUUAGAGAGUUUGGGAUUUUUUUUUUUAAAGCAAAACUAGUUAUCUAUUUUGUAUAACUUUUAUUCUCAUCAUAAGGUGAAAGCUAAACAUUCAGUAUUCACCCUGGUCCAUGCAAUGUCCAGAUAAGUUACUGGAUUUACUGUUUUUCAUUUUAUGAUUGAUUAUGAAGAACUUUUUAAAGUUUUAAUUAUAACUCAAACUG